AUUGAUGAGAGAAUUCAAAUUUUUUGGGUGAACUAUACCUUUAAGCCCACACAUGCACCUGCAGACUCCACCCCAUUCAGAUCUCUUCCUGCUUUCAUGAAGAAAAUACUGACAGAAUCACCUAAACAUGAUGAAACUUUAACAUACAGAUGUUAGCAGAAGAAAAACAAACGUUUGGUGUGAUGAGAUUUAUCUGUGGCUCGAAGAUGAUCAUGUAUGAAUAAAAUAAAGAGACAGGAUCAUGUCCACCACUGACAGCACAGUGUCUGUUGUUCACAAUCCUGCUCGCAGGAGAAAAAACAGCAAAGAAUAUGAUCCUCCUAACAUGAGGAUUAUUCUGUUGGGUAAAGAUGUGUCAACAAACAGUCGAGUGGGAAACUUCAUGUUGGGAAGAUCAGCGUUUGAUAGUGAAGCUCCUCCAGAUGAUCAUCAGAUUGAGAGAGUCAGAGGAAAAGACAUGAUGAUCAUCAACUGUCCUCAUCUGCUCCAGCUGAACCUCUCAUAUCAUCAGAUCAUACAGACAGUGAGAGAGUGUGUGAAUCUGUCUCAUCCAGGACCUCAUCUCAUCAUUAUCAUCUUUAAACCUAAUGAAUGUUCAAGAGAAGAUCAACAGCGUCUGGAGAUAAUCCUUGACUAUUUCUCUGAUAAUGUUUAUGAACACACACUGGUGCUCACAACACAUGACUCACACAGUGUUCAUCAGACUGAAGUCAAUGACAACAUAAAGAAAAUCAUUAAAAAAUCCUUUAACAGACACUACAGACUGAAGAGAAACUGCACUGCUCCUCAUCUUAUUGAGACUUUUAGAGACAUUGUCAAAUCAAAUGAUGGACGUUAUCUGAUCUGUGAUAAAUAUAAAGAUUCACAGAGUUUCACAGUGAAGCAGCAGACAGAUGAAAGAGAUCCUCCAGAGAUGAGAGAUGAUGUGAGGAUUGUGCUGCUGGGUAAAACUGGAGUUGGGAAGAGUGCCACAGGAAACACAAUCUUAAACAGACAAGCGUUUAUAUCUGAUGAAUCUUUUGAAUCAGUGACCAGCGAAUGUCAGAAACAAACAGCUGAAAUCAACAACAGAUUGAUCACUGUGAUCGACACUCCAGGACUGUUUGAUACUGAACGCAGUCAUGAAGAGAUCAAGAGAGAAAUGAUGAACUGUAUCUCAAUGAUUCUGCCAGGACCUCAUGUGUUUCUUUUACUGGUUCCACUGGGACGAUUUACACAAGAGGAGUCAACAUCAGUGAAGAUCAUUCAAGAGAUGUUUGGUGAAAACUCUUUAAUGUACACAAUGGUGCUCUUCACCAGAGGAGAUAAUCUGAGAAACAAAACUAUUGAAGAGUGUUUGGGAAAACCUGGAUCUGUGAUUAGAAACCUGCUAGAAGAGUGUGGAAACAGAUAUCAUGUGUUCAAUAAUAAUCUGACUGAAGAUCAAACACAAGUUUCUCUUCUACUGGAGAAAAUAGAUGACAUGGUGAAAGCAAACGGAGACAGUUACUACUCAUCUAAGAUAUUCAGAGAGAUGGAACAAGAAAAACAUCAACAACAAAUGAAGAAACUGAUGGAGAGAAUUGAACAACUGAGCCGAGAGAAAGAUGAAGAGAGAGAGAGAAUGAAGAUGAUGAUGGAGGAAGAACGACAGAGUCAUGAGAGAGAGAUGAAGAAAAUAGAAGAGGAAUUUAGAGAGAAAGAAGAGAGAUAUAAAAGAGAAAUAAAAGAGAAAGAGGAGCAAGAGAGACAGAUGAGAGAUGAGAUGAGAAGAGAACGAGAAGAGAAUGAGAAAAUAAGAGAAAGAGAGAGAGAAAUGUGGGCUGAAUAUAAUCAGAGACUUAAAGAAGAGAGAGAGGAAAUGCAGAGAGAGAACGAGAAGAUCAAACAAGAGAAAGAGAAAAUAGAAAGAGAGAAAGAAGAUCUUCAGCUGAAACAUGAAGAAGAAAUAGAGAGAUUAACAAAACACACAGAGGAAGAAAAACUGAAUCAAGACAAAGAGAAGAAGAAAAGAGAAGAAGAAUUCAGACAAAAAGAAGAACAAUACAAGACAGAAAUAAAAGAGAAAGAUGAACAUGUGAGAGAGAUGAGAGACGAGAUGAGAAGAGAACGAGACACAUUUAAAAAUGAAACUGAGGAAGUGAAGAAAGAAAAUAAAGAUCUCCAGAUGAAAUAUGAGACACAAACAGACAAACUGAUGAAUACAAUAGAGAAUCAUGAGAGAGAGAGAAAGACAAGAGAAGAUGAGUUUAGAGAGAAAGAAGAGAGAUAUAAAAGAGAAAUAAAAGAGAAAGAGGAGCAAGAGAGACAGAGAAGAGGAGAAGAUGAGAAAGAGAAACAGAUUUGUGUUGAACAGUGUGAGAGACUCAAGAACGAAAUGAAUGAAAUCAUGAAAGAGAAAGAAAGAAUUAAAAGAGAGAAAGAAGAUCUUCAGCUGAAACAUGAAGAUGAAAUAAAGAGAUUAACAAAACACACAGAGGAAGAAAAACUGAAUCAAGACACAGAGAAGAAGAAAAGAGAGGAAGAAUUUAGACAAAGAGAAGAAGAAUACAAGACAGAAAUAAAAGAGAAAAAUGAACAUGUGAGAGAGAUAAGAGAUGAGAUGAGAAGAGAUAAAAAUGAUAGAGAAGAAAUAAAGAAAGAAAAUAAAGAUCUCCUGAUGAAAUAUGAGACACAAACAGACAAAUUGAUGAAUACAAUAGAGAAUCAUGAGAGAGAGAGAAAGAGAAGAGAAGAUGAGUUUAGAGUGAAAGAAGAGAGAUACAACAGAGAAAUAAAAGAGAAAAAAGAACAAGAGAGACAGAUGAUAGAUGAGAUGAAAAGAGAACGAGAGCAACAUGAGAGACAAAGACAAGACGAGAGACAGAGAAGAGAAGAAGAUGAGAAAGAGAAACAGAUUUAUAUUGAACAGUGUGAGAAACUCAAGAAUGAAAUCAUGAAAGAGAAAGAAGAUCUUCAGCUGACACAUGAAGAAGAAAUAAAGAGAUUAACAAAACAAACAGAGGAAGAAAAACUGAAUCAAGACAAAGAGAAGAAGAAAAGAGAGGAAGAAUUCAGACAAAGAGAAGAAGCAUACAAGAAAGAAAUAAAAGAGAAAGAUGAACAUGUGAGAGAGAUGAGAGAUGAGAUAAGAAGAGAACGAGAGGAACGUGAGAGACAAAGACAAGAGGAGAGACAGAGAAGAGAAGAAGAUGAGAAAGAGAAACAGAUUUAUGUUGAACAGUGUGAGAAACUCAAGAAUGAAAUGAAUGAAAUCAUGAAAGAGAAAGAAAGAAGAGAAAGAGAGAAAGAGAAAAUAGAAACAGAGAAAGAAGAUCAACUAGAAGAGUUUGAGAAGAGAAUAAAGGAGGAAAGAAACAUGAGAGAAGAACAAGAAAAGAGAUAUGAAGAUAAACUGAAACUCAUGAAAGAAGAGAAUGAAGAUGAACUAAAGAGAAGAACAACAGAGAUGAUAGAGAAACAUGAAAGAGAGAAAGAAGAGAUGAAGAAGAUCUGUUCUCGGUCACUACAGCUGUUUCAGAGGCUUCAUCUUACAGACAAACAUCAGAAUAAACUGAGAGCUUCAGAUGUUCUUCAGAUAUCUACACAUUCAUUACAGUCUCAUGAGUCUUGUGCUGAAGAAGAUCUGGUGAAGGUUUAUCUACAGAAACUACUGAUGAUGAACUACAGAGCAAGAUACAUUACAACUAAAGAGCCCAAAACAGACAUUGACUCACUUAAGUUUGAGGAUGCUUUUGCUGAAAUGUCUUUGUCUAGUAGAGGAACAAGUAAAUCAGACCCAGUUCACCCGAUGGAUGUUCAGAUGUCUGUGUUUCAUUGUGCUGAUAGUUUCCUAAAACAGUUGAUGGUCACUAAACUUUCACAGUGUCAGUUUGCUCUUCCUCUUCUUGUUCCUCAUCCAUUCACACAACAGAUUGAGUUUCCUCUCUGGACAUUCAGACAAAUCAACAAGAGCUGGAAGAUGAGAAAUACUAACAAUGAUAUCAUCAGUAAAGUCCAGCCAGUCUACAAAGUAGAAACUCCAAUGGUGUCGUUCUUCAGGUUUGGUUCUGUGUCUUCAUCCAAGUCUCAGCUGAUGAACAAUCUGAUCAAUGAGAAACACAACACGUUCUUCCACAGGAACUGUCCAGGCAGCAGCAGAACCAGACUACUGAUGGAUGGAGUGGUGGAGAUCGCCUGGUUCUGCCCAUCUGGAAAAAACACAGAUAAAUUUACUGACUGUGUUGCCUUCUGUAAUCUUCAUGGUGAUGCAGGAGACCAUGAAAAACAACUGCAGAUUCUCACUGAUAUGUCUUCAGUCAAUGUUGUUCUUCUGUCACAGCUUGACAAGAAUGACAAAAACAUGAUUACAAUUCAAAACCUGUACAGAGACAAAAAGCCACUUAUUUGCCUUCUUACUGAGGAUGAAUCUCCUGUAAGAGAGAUGAAGAAAGGAAAAUAUAAAAUUGGUUUGAAAGACAGACAUCAGUCAGAUGUAUCAGAAGAACUCAGAAGAGCUAUAAAUGAUUGUCUCUCAUCUUCAGCAUCAGCUUCUAUGUUCAGACUUGAAGAUUUGUCCAAACACUCAGAUAUCAGAGUAGAUGAGGAAGAUGAUGAAGACUGCAGGAGAGGAAGAGAAGCAGCACAACAGAUGAUGAGUUUACUGGAGAAUAAAGAUCUGACAGAAAUCAAAGAAACAUUUCUGCCUCAUCAGGGGAAACUCUGGCAUCUGUGGUGUCAGAAGAACAAAGAACUUCAUCGACCUCCAGGGAAAGAGACAGAACAAGAAAUAAGAAGAAAACAAACAGAAAUGAAGAAGAUAAGAGAAGAGCAACAUGAAUCCCACAUGAGUGAGUUUAUAAAGUUCUUUAUAACACAAAUUAACUCACAUAAUCCAAAUAAAAUGUUUUUCCUCAAAUGGCUCAGAAUCCUCCUGGAUGAAUUUACCUCAGCUGAUCUUUCUGCUCUACAUCACAAGUAUGAUGAAAAGUGGUCAACAGUUUUAAAACUAAAAGAAAAAUCUAAACAAUUAAAAGCUGAACAAACAGAUCUUGAGAAAAUAUCUGAAGAUCUUCAAGGAUCAAACUUUGGUUUGGAGCACAUCAUGAGAGAGAUCGGUCAGAUCUAUGAAUCAUGUUCAUCUGUGAAGAAGAAUAAGACAGAUCUGGAGUUUAACUUCUCUUCUCUCCCGAGUCUUGCAGCAGAGAUGAUGAUCUGUGGAUUUCCACUGGAGCUGAUGGAUGGAGAUGCUGCUCAUGUUCCUCUGAUCUGGAUCACUGCUGUUCUAGAUGAACUCAUACAGAAACUGGGAGACCAGAGAGUCUUUGUGCUGUCAGUUUUAGGACUUCAGAGCUCUGGGAAAUCCACCAUGCUGAAUGCCAUGUUUGGACUUCAGUUUUCUGUCAGUGCUGGCCGAUGCACCAGAGGAGCUUUCAUGCAGCUGAUCAGAGUAUCAGAGGAGAUGAAAGAUCAGAUUAAGUUUGAUUAUAUUUUGGUUGUUGAUACUGGGGGUCUUCGAUCUCUAGAACUGACUGGAAGAUCCACAAGACAUCAUGACAAUGAACUGGCCACAUUUGUUGUUGGUCUUGGUAAUCUGACAUUGAUCAACAUCUUUGGAGAAAACCCAUCUGAGAUGCAGGAUAUUCUUCAGAUUGUUGUUCAGGCCUUUCUGAGGAUGAAGAAGGUCAAACUGAAUCCCAGCUGUAUGUUUGUACAUCAGAACGUUUCAGACGUCACAGCUGGAGAGAAAAACAUGGAGGGAAGACGACGACUACAGAGGACAUUGGAUGAGAUGACAAAACUCGCUGCUAAAGAGGAAGUCUGUGAUGCUGAAUGUUUCAGUGAUGUCAUUAAUUUUGAUGUACAGAAUGAUGUAAAGUAUUUUGCUCAGCUGUGGGAGGGAAGCCCACCAAUGGCACCACCAAACCCAAACUACUGUGAGAAUAUUCAAGACUUAAAGAAAACUAUUAUUAUACAAUCCUCCAGAUCAGAUGGUAUGAAGCUGACACACCUGCGUGAGAGAAUUAAAGAUCUCUGGAAGGCUUUACUGAAUGAACAAUUUGUGUUCAGCUUUCAAAAUUCCCUUGAGAUAUCAGCAUACAGGAGACUGGAGACAGAAUACAGCAAGUGGUCCUGGAGUCUACGCAGUGCCAUGUUGGAAAUUGAGAACAAACUAUACAACCAAAUAGAAUAUAAUUCAAUUCAUGAGAUUGAGGAGCAAGAUCUUCAAAGAGAACUGAAGGCAAAAAGUGAAGAAGUAGAAAAAUCUAUGUCAGAUUUCUUUGAGAAAGACACAGAUGCUGAUAUACUGAUUCAGUGGAAAACAUCAUUUGAAAUAAAAAUCACAGAGCUUCAGGAGAGCAUUAUAAGAAAAACAGAGAGAAAACUGAAUGUGAUUCUUCAGCAGAGAGAUCUGAAGAGAAAGAUUGAUGCUCAGAGAACACAACAUGAAAACACUCUGUUUGAAAAGAGUAAAGAACUUGCAUUACAGCUCAAAGACAAAACAAACGAUGAAGAAAUACUGAAGAAAGAGUUUGAUGUGUUUUGGGAAGAGUUUAUGAAGAAGAUCACCACAGAUACUCCAAUUAAAGACAUUGACAUAAUGAGAGAUGUGAAAGAGAUCCUCAGUGACAUCUAUAAAAGUCUCUCUGUAGACACCUGGAACAACAGCAGAAAUAUUUUUACUGUGCAGAGUUUUUCAGAUUAUGUACAGAUAAAGAGAUCCAGUGGAAUUAAUGCACAUGUUAAACAUCUCUUUAGAUCAGCAAUGUUUGGUUUAAUUCUGUCUACAGAGGAUGAAAUUCAAUUAAGAAACUUCAUCACAGAUAUUACUCAGCAAACAGAGAAAAUGAUUCAGUCAUUUAAUAUGUCAAAGUUUGGUUACAACAUCAGCUACAUUCAACAACUCACAGAUUUCAUCAAGACAAUAAUAACAGAAUAUGAAGAAAAUGUAAAAUAUGUGUUUAAGAGAGAAUUCUUCAUAGAUUUGGUAUUUUCUAUAUGUAAGAGAGUAGAAAAGACAUUCAAUGAUCAACACAGAAUAUUCAGAGAAUCCAAUGAUCCUGUUCUCUAUCUGAUGAAGAAGAGAGAUGAAUACUAUAGGAUUUUCCAGAAAUACUGUAAUGGAGCAACAUCUUGAACCGACAAAAUUAAUAAAUGAAAAGAAUAAAAGACUUCAUUCAAACAAUAGCAUCACACUAGAAGCUCUUACAUGUAAUAAAAGCACAGAUAAGUUUUGCAACAUCAUGGGUCUCGGUCUGCUUCCUAACGCACUGUUGUGUGUUCGACUGAAAUAUGAAUUCAAGACAUCAGAAGGUGAUAACAAGAUUUGACCCUAAAAAUUACACACUUCUUUAACAUAGAAAGAGCUUUUAUUAUAUCUUUGUGUGUAUAAUGAACAAUCUACAUCUUUACCAGUAACCAAUACAAUUAAUUACUGUUUAUGUUUAGUGUCACAUCAUUUAUUUUAUUAAUGUUUCAUUAAGCACAUUCAGAUGGAUCAAGUGUUUCAGUUGCUGUGUAUUUUUGUCAGAGUUUAAUAUUAUUGUUAUCUUCUAGCUCUUUAAUUAAAUUAAAAUCUGUAAAAAUCAACUUUUCAGGUUUUACUGUAACUGUUCAAACACAGAUCAAACACUGCUAAUACAUUUUAUUUCUACAAUCCUUCAGAUUUUUAGCAACAAACCAUUCUGAACUCAGAUUUAUAAUCCCUCU